AGAGCCGAGCGGCCCGGCGGCAGCUGCGGGCGCUAGAAGGCGCGCGGCUGCGGGAAGAGCGCGGACUGCGGGAUGGGGCCCCCGGAGAGCGCGGCGGAGCUCUCCCCCGAGGCGGUGGAGCUGCGCGAGCCGGAGCUACAGCUCGCGGACCCGGCGUCCCCGGGCGAGGAGCACGUGGACGUCGAAGCGGAGGGCGCCCCCGGUCGCGGCAGGUGCUGGCCGUGUAGAGCCUGGGCGUGCGGCUCGCGUGGGGAGCCCGAAGCCAAGAAGACAGCACCCUGCCCCGGACUUGGCCUGUUUUACACAGUGCUGUCUGCCUUCCUUUUCUCCGUGGUCUCUUUGUUGGUUAAAAAAGUGCAAGGUGUCCAUGCUGUAGAGAUCAGCGCGUUUCGAUGCGUGGUCCAAAUGCUUGUUAUUAUUCCUUGCUUAAUAUACAGAAAAACUGGGUUCAUAGGUCCCAAAGGUCAACGACUUUUCCUCUUCCUCAGAGGGGUCUUUGGUUCCAGUGCCAUGAUUCUUAUGUACUAUGCUUUCCAGACCACGUCCCUCGCGGAUGCCACGGUCAUUGCGUUCAGCUGUCCAGUGUUUACAUCCAUAUUUGCUUGGAUAUUUCUCAAGGAAAAGUACAGCCUUUGGGAUGCUUUCUUCACCCUGUUCGCGAUCGCUGGAGUGAUACUUAUCGUGAGACCGACAUUUUUAUUUGGUUCCAACACUUCAGGGAUGAGAGAAAGCUAUUCCGAGCACAUUAAAGGAACGUUUGCCGCCAUCGGACACGCCGUGCUAGCUGCGAUGACUCUGGUGAUUCUGAGGAAAAUGGGGAAAUCGGUGGACUACUUUCUGAGCAUUUGGUAUUAUGUCAUACUCGGCCUUCCUGAAACCAUCGUCGUCCUUUUUGUCAUAGGAGAAUGGAGUCUGCCGUACUGUGGGCGGGACAGGCUGUUUCUCAUACUCAUUGGACUGGUGGGUUUGGGGGCCCAGAUCUUUAUCACUAAAGCACUUCAGAUAGAAAAAGCAGGACUCGUGGCCAUCAUGAAGACCAUGGAUGUAGUCUUUGCUUUCAUCUUUCAGAUCGCUUUCUUCGAUAAUGUUCCAACCUGGUGGACGGUGGGCGGGGCUCUCUGUGUAGUCGUCAGCACGACUGGAGCAACCAUUCGUAGGUGGCUGCAGAGCAAGUGAAAUGUCACUGCUGAAAUCUGUUUUGGUUUGUUUGUUUUUCUUUUUCUAGUAUGCCAUCACCCAGUUCAGACAUCUUACACACCAACACGCAUACCCGGAGGGUCUGCGUUAUUCAUUGUUCAUAUUUAAUAAAUUUCAUAAAGUACCAUUUUUUUUUAAUAUAGUAUGUUUUUAAUAGCUAGGCUAGCCUAGCAGUUUCCGGGUAGAUUUUCUUUUUGCUUUGGCUUGUUGGUUGGGUCGCCAUUGAUGAAGGGGGAGCUCAUUUGAGGAGUCUCAGAGAUUUUUACGAGUACAGAUUUUUAAGUUUAUUUUUGACGCAGGAUGUGGAUGGGGGAUGCUCUGUCUUAGCAGUGUAGAUAAGAAGCUUAAUGUUGACAAUGCUGCUAUAAUUAGUACCGUGCUAAUCCGUCGAUGGCAAUACGAUCCUGUUUAGGAUGCCAAAGCUGCCACCUGCUACAGGUGCCUACUUACGGACGGAGUGCAAGUGAACCAGCCUUAUUUUCACGCAUCUUAGAGACGAUCGCUACACUUUUAACUCAUUUGUGCCUUUUCGUUCGGAUGCUGGAACUUUUAUAUGUACUCUGAACAGAGCCCUUAGCUUGUCAUGCUGGUUAGCUGUUCUCUCUUUCAGUAUCUUAGCAACCGUCAUUUUGAAUUUCAGUUGUCUCCCGUUUUAUUUGAAAUUGCACUUUUUUUUUUUAACAUUCCAAGAUUUCCAACCUUAAAAUCACAAGAGCAAAAUCUUGGUGUGGCCAGUGUGUACAUCCCCGUCCUGAGGUGGUUUCACUUCAGAUGCGGUGGGUUUUUUUUCCUACAAAUUUCUCUUUGAAUCCAUAGUGCGAUGCCAAAUACAGUUUUCUCAGGAUUGUACUAGGCUGGGCUGUUAUCAGAUUGCCCAGAUUCUGCCAUUUUCAUUUACAAAACCCAUAGUUCUAGAUGCAAGCUCCCUGUACAUUAAACCAAAUAUUUAUACCUUUACAGUACAUGCCUGUUAUUGAACUGACGGUCUUUUUCCAUUCUGGGGUGGUAUGUUAUAAUGCUUGUGGCAUAUGAAAAAUGUAAAGAACUCCACAGUUGAUUGGCUGUCACAGUUUUUUCGCAUAUAAAGAACACAGGUAAAUGCUCGUCUUUGACACACAGUACUAGUGUGAACUUAGACAGUGGAUUCUAACUGUGGAGCAGCAGUAGGCCAUUACUCCCGUGUGAAAGAGGGAAGCUUGGGAUUCUGGGAGUAUAUGACCAUGAGUGUUUGUCACCUUGGAUGCCUUUAUGGUGAGGCCCAAGUGGCUGCCACCUCUUACUCUGUCAGACACCGUUUAUCGUUACCAUUAGCUGCAGGGUUGAGGGGCUGUAUGCUCUCUCCCGCACUCCUCACAGCUCUUCUGAAGGAAGGGGCUGGAGUCUGGGGUCUUAAUUCAGCUAUGAAAGGGUCUUCUCCAGUAGCUCCUAAGAGGAACUUUGGUGGUUUUAAAUCAUAUUUGCCACCUGACAUCCUAAACAUUUAUUUAGCUUAGUCACUGUCGCGCUUGACCCCGCAGAGAUAUCCGUCAAUGGUGCCAUUCUACCAGCAUCCUAGAAAAUACAGUCAUCAGACCUUUAGAACUCAGAGGGGUUUGGGGGAUGAUGGGAGGGAGGCCUGCAGUAACCGGUUUCUAUAGCAGCCUCCUCUCAUUUAGUCCCACUCCUGGAGCCACUGCCUAACUUACACAAUAGGAGUUUCUGGGACAGUGGAAGAUGAACCUCUCUGGAAGUUCAUUUUAUUUCAACUGUGUCUUAAGUACUUGAAUGUCAGGAUAUGUGACUGACAAUGUUUCUUAUACCAACCUUUACAGGGUAUAAUUUUUAAACAAUGUUCAAGUGGUAUACAAGGCUAUGUAUUGUAACAAUUAUGGGGCGUUAUGUAUUUUCCAAAGAUUGUAGUUUCUAUAUCUUGCAAAGGGAAAUAUUUUUCCUAACGUGUUUUUAUUUUGUAAGUAAUAAAAUCAUAAAAGAAAAUGUUGGUUUUUUAUGACUAUA